GAAGGAUAUAUAAAUGAAAUACGAGAUGAAUAAAUAAAAUAGAUACUUGGCACAAUAUGAAAUAUCCAUCCAAUAUGGAAGUGUUCGUCUCAAGUACGCCGCCCGUAGCCUCGUCCUUUAGCAUGGUUCAUCAAAGAACUCUAACAUCGCCAAAUCCCUACGACAAGGAAAAUGGAAUUUCACUGAGACACAGUGAAUCGCACAAAGUACACGCAACACAGUCAUCGCAUGGAGCACGCGCAAGCAACUUAUCGGUUGGACACACAUGUUUCACAUCACAAAAGAAUUCAACAUGGGAAGAAAACGAAAACUCAUCCGAUAGUGAUACCGAAAAUCAACCCACACACACGAUCAACAACGAUAAAAAAUGUAACAAACAUUAUCAUGAGCACCAUUAUCGGUCUGUUAGACAUUUCUUUCACAAAAAGGAUGAUCCAAAGCGGCCUGCCAUCAUUGAUAUUGAUAAACAAAAAAUACUCGCGGCUGCAACGACGUCUACAUCGCCAGCCUGCAAAGUAGAGGACACAUAUGUUAACUGUAAUACAAGUUGCGGAAAAAAAGCUUUAAUAGCCUCAUCAAGUGAGAACUCGCGGUCACUUGACACCUUCAGAAGAGGGUCAAGAAAAUUUUCUGCUGUAUUUACUACUGCAUUAGCAGGACUGGCUAGUUUUGUCUCAACAAGCAAUUCCUUUGAUAUGAAAGAUUUGUCAUUCAAUUUGAAUGAGGAGGAUCUCUUGCCAGGAAGUAGCGGUAGAGAAAAAUUCAUAAAUGAGUACAGUGUGAAUGAACUUGAGCAUAUGUUAGAAGAAACGGGGACCACAAAAGCUUUGGCUGAAAGAGGAUUCCAUGAUCUAGUCUUGGCUCUCGAUCUGACCGGCUUAGCGGUGGACAAGCUCCGGAUAUACGAUGUCUCGAUACAGCAAGAUAGUGUGCAUGGCUUGGAAACUAAAUUGACUCUACAACCUCCAACCGCUGAUAACAUAUUACCGUACCACGUAGACCAUGAGAAUUUCACCCAUCUACCCUUAACAAGUACUGGACAGAAGACGCCCGAAUGGUUGCCGCCCUUGUUCGAAUUCGCUGUGAGGAAUAAAUUCGAGUUUGACCGAUCUCAUGCGAUGGCCAUGGCGAAACAACUGCAAAGUGGCCAGAAAAGGAAAAGCGAAAAUCGGGAUCCUGAACAUCGUGCGUUUGACUAUCAACGUACACUUGAAUGGAUGCAACGGACGAGCAAUAUAGGGCUAAAGUAUCUGGCUGUCGAGUGGGUGCUGAUACAGAAUGUGACUAAGAGGCUCGACACAGAUCUUACACAUGUACUUCCUGGGCAACAGUGGCCGGGAUUGGGAGUGAUGAACCCAAUGUCUGGUAUGCUGAAGAAGUUUGCUCAAGGAAAGGACGCGGCUAUGAAUUCGCCGCUAUACUUCCACAACGCCCUCAUGUACACUCGCAUGCCUGGGUGUGUUUUCUUGAAUCCUGAAUUCGAAGGGCAAUUCCGAACGUUGUUCAACGAUUUAGAUGUGUAUAUUCAGGACACCAAGAAUUAUGGGCUGGCAGUCGUUUCACGAGCGUUGUUCUAUGGGAGCGUCCUACAUACACCAUCAGGGAGAAGAGUGAGGUGGGAAGCCAUGGAGCAGAUUAUACCGUUAUCUGAUCGAGCCAGAGAAGCUAUCGUAGAGGACAAGGAGUACAUAGGGAUAGUUGAAGCCAACACGACCUCAGGGGUAUUCACGAUCGAUUUCGGUCUUGAUAGUACCGCCGAAGAUGUCUCCGAGUAUGAAACCUCUGUACUGACGUUGUCGGAUAUAGAUACACGACCGCUUUCGCUCUAAUAUACUGAGUAAGCGAUGUCAAACAAUUGAAAAGUAACGCUGAAAUAUACUGGUGAAAGCACUUGCAGGUCGCGUCUCAAAUAAAUUAUAAAAACCGCCGAAAUACACUUAUCUGGCUGAUCACUUAUCAGUUA